GUUUGAAUUUUUAUUCCAUUUCGCCCAAAACUAAGCAAGGCAUAAAUUCAAAAUGGUGAAGAUAUUUGUUGGCCGACUGGUUGACUCUGUUACAAAAGAAAAACUGGAAUCAUUAUUCUCCCCGUUUGGAGAAGUCUUGGAUUGCGUAGUACUAAAAAAUUUUGCUUUUGUGCAUAUGGCUGACAAGAAAGAUGCAGAAAGAGCUAUCGGUGAGCUUGACAAAAGUGAUCUUGAAGGACAAGCAAUUAAUGUGGAAAUAUCUGUAACAAAAGUAGCGAGUGCUGCUAAACUGUUUGUUGGGAAUUUGGCAGAAGGUACCAAGUCUAGUGAGCUGCACAAGCUCUUUCAAAAACAUGGAACUGUCAUUGAAUGUGAAGUUAUUAAGAAUUUUGCGUUUGUACAUAUGUCGAGGGAGUCACAAGCUCGUGAAGCAAUUAGUGAACUAAAUGACUAUGAGCUGAAUGGGAAUAAAAUUCGUGUUCAAAUGGCAAGACAAAAAGGGGGUGGAGAAAGAUCUGGCGGCAGAGGAGGCCGUGGUGAUGGUAAUUGGGGUUCUCAGGGUUAUGGCCAUGGAGGAAGAUAUAAUCCUUACGGAUAUGAUAGUUAUGACAUGCCCAGGUCAAGAAAUUAUCCGCCUGUAGAUCGGAUGCCGCUUGAUGGCGGAAUGCGUCGUGAUGCCGCAUUUGGGGCUAGGCGUGGGGGUCCAUCCUACAUGCGCUUACUGAGACAGCGUGCUAUGCUCGCCCGCCGCCUAAUGGAACAACGAGAAUAUGGGGAUGGAUAUAGUGGAAUGGGUAGUCGUUCUGGCGCUUACAGAGACUAUGCUGACGAUUUGUCUGCUUUUGACGAUGGUCUUGGUUCGCUUGAUAGUUAUGGUGGUGGUGCUUCUGCAUAUGGAUCUUAUUACUAGCGAACUGUUUGUCAAAUUUCUGAACUUGAAGAUAUCUGCGAUUGCGCAAGACUGUUAUUUCGUGACUUUGUCUGCGAAUGCGCUUUAAUCUUGAAUACGACAUUGCAAUUCUUGAAGCUGACGCAAUCAGCUGUGUAUCCAUUGUCAAUAUGAAGUGAAAUGAAGCGAGUGAAACAUGUACCAUGCGUUGCAGUUCUGAUAGCGUCUUAUUUUGAUUUAAUGCUUAAUUAUUUUGUAUUCCUCGAUUUUAUCCAAGAGACAUGCAAACUUACUGAAUACUUACUCGCAUGUUUGAAUUUGUUUUUAUAGCAAAUGUACCAAUCAAUGGAAAAUUUUCGUACCAGAUUUAGUUAAACUAAAAGUCUGUUAAACUUUAAUAAUAUUUUUACCAUGCCUAAUUACACCGGUUUUGGGUAGGCUUUAGGAAUAUCAAAACAAACUCUGUGUUGAAAAACCACAAGGUAUACAAGCUGCAAAGUUUUCUUUUACAAUUUUACAUGCAUUCAUCUUCAUAGAAAAUCCAUGCCAUGCCUGUGUAAAUUUAUGGUCACACUUAUGGUCCAUCUAAUUAUGAUUGCGUCAGUUAUUCUUUCCAUUUUAAUUUUUCAUUUGGAGUUUGGAUAUGCUGUCUUUCCCUGGUGUAAAUUACUGAAUACCUUGUGUUGUGUGCAUCAGCAAAGACCGCUUUCAUUCAAGUAACUGUACUGUAGUAUGGUAUGACCAAUAAAAUUCAUGUUUCGUUUGUGUUUAAUAAUAAAACAACAGUGUAGCAUUG